CAGUAACAGCGUUGCAAGAUGGAAUCGGAGGUAGAUUUCUCAAUGAAAAUUUCAAGAAACCUCUCGUACCAAGCUUAAUGGUCAACAGCACUGGCGACUCAGCCCGUCGUACGGUUUACGUGGCUCCAGCAAGAAACAGAGGAACAAACAAACGUCCCGCUCUCUUAGGCAACGGCCGACUCGACAUAAACCAAACGACUUGUGCUCCUCGCCUGUUUCGAGUGAGACUCGAGAGCGGCAACUGCUCCCGUCGCGUUCUCACCAAGAUGUGUUACGGUGAGUGCACGAGUUAUACUUUUCCACGCAAGGAUCACAAGUUCGCUCGGCAGGAUCGGGCGCUUCGCGCCGUCGAGACGUCGUGCAGCUGCUGCUCUGCGGUUCACACGAAGACGAGACGUUACGACGUGAUCUGCAACGUCGACGGUCUCUCGACUAGGAAAUUGUUCUUUCUACCGGUCGUCGAUGGAUGCUCGUGCAGGCCGUGCAGCGGUCGCUUUUGAUCGGCGACGGGGGUCGCUGCAUGUCUGACACAUUUUAGUAGUAGAAAUUGCAUGGGAAUUAACGUGUUGAGGGUCAAAGUGAUUGAGCCAAUUACCAGUAUUUAUAGAUGGAGUGAGACAUUUUGCAUAUUAUUUUGUGUUAGUGGUCGAGAAAUUUUGUGUAACAGAUAUGGCAACGUAUUUAAUGAUAUAAAUGA